GCCAGUCGGAGCCAUCAUAUUAUUUUCCCGCCUGUUUUAAUGCAUUCUGAAGUUUUUGCCACCAAUAUACAUUUCCGAAAUGGUUGUGUCACCAAAAAAAGAUCAAAACGAUACGCCGACGAAGCCGUUGGCGCUGGAGGACGAGGAAAAGAAUCAGACGCCGAUUAACCGGGAUGAGGAGCAGUACCUGGACCUGUUGAGGCACAUCAUUGCAAAUGGAGAGCGGCGCACAGACCGCACCAAAGUGGGCACUUUGUCCGUGUUCGGCAGCCAGAUGCGCUUCAACAUGAGAGAGUCCUUUCCUCUACUGACCACCAAGCGCGUCUUUUUUCGCGGUGUGGCCGAAGAGCUGCUCUGGUUUGUGGCCGGCAAAACGGACGCCAAGCUGCUGCAGGCCAAGAAAGUGCACUUCUGGGACGGGAACAGCACCAGGGAGUUCCUGGACAAUCUGGGGCACACGGAGCGCGCUGUCGGCGAUCUGGGCCCGGUGUAUGGUUUCCAGUGGCGGCACUUUGGCGCAGAGUAUGGCACCUGCGAGGACGACUAUACUGGAAAGGGCAUCGACCAGUUGCGUCAGGUAAUCGACACCAUCAAGAAGAAUCCCUCGGAUAGGCGCAUUAUCAUGUCAGCUUGGAAUCCAGUAGACAUACCGAAGAUGGCGCUGCCGCCGUGCCACUGCCUAGCGCAGUUCUACGUCUCCCAGACGCGCGGCGAACUCUCCUGCCAGCUGUACCAGAGGAGCGCCGACAUGGGCCUGGGCGUGCCCUUUAACAUCGCCUCCUACGCCCUUCUCACUCACAUGAUCGCUCAUGUUACGGGUCUGAAGCCUGGCGACUUCGUGCACACGUUUGGCGAUACCCACGUCUAUCUGAAUCACGUAGACCCAUUAAAGGAGCAACUGAAGCGUACGCCGCGACCCUUCCCCAAACUGGUGAUCAAGCGCCAGGUGCAGGACAUCGAAGACUUCCGCUUCGAGGACUUUGAGAUAGUCGACUAUAAUCCCUACCCCACGAUCAAGAUGGACAUGGCCAUUUAAAUGGGUUUGAAAAUCGUACUAUUAUCAAACAUUCUAAAAUAAUUGGUCGUAUUAUUAAUCAAUCGUUAAAGAAUUCCUUAAAACGUCAUAAAUUCGUAUUUAAGUUACAUAAACCAAAAGAUAUAAGCGAAAUUUAAACUACUAAAUUUAUACUGAAAAAAAUUUAAUUCUGAUCGGUUUUCUCAAAAAUAAAAAAUAAACUACUAAUAAAAAACUAGAA